AUGGACCGUCGAAUGGAAUUGGACUUGGGCGCUGGAGGAACUCCGACAAUACCAGAGGAACUAAUCGAUAAGAUUCUCGAUCUUCUCUGGGAUGACCAAAAAGCACUGAAACAGUCCUGUCUCGCCUCUCGCUCCUUUGUACGUACUUGCCAGAAGCUCAUUUUUGAGUGCAUCUGGUUGGAGGAUAUACCGAACGGUGGAGAUUCGAACGCUCAUCUACUCACAAUGGCGCAGCGACUCGAGCUUCUCCUAAGGUCAACGCCGCACUUUGCACUCCUCAUCAAAGGCCUCCACAUCGUUUCCAACUGGACCAAAUGGCUCACAAGAGACAAGACUUUACCAUUCAUUCUUCCGCUCCUCGUCAAUCUACGACGUUUUUAUAUCUCUAACGGCAAGAAGAACUCAGAUUAUAUCAUCAUACCAUACCUCCCAAAGGCUGUACAGGAAGCAUUGUUCGCUACCUGGCGGUCACCUAAACUGACACACAUCGCGAUGGGGUGUAUCGCUUUCGCAUUGUUCGAGGAUGUCCUCUCUGUAAUCUCGCAAUCCAGUCACUCGGUCCGGAACAUCGCCCUCUGCAUGGUCGAUGGCGAUGUCAAUAACAAUCGUGAUAGUGACAUUAAUGGUCGAUUAGUCAUUCCAAGUCGUCAUAUGGAUUCCUUGACAUUUACUCCAUGUGAGGAUGAACAUUCCGCACAAUUUUAUACAUGGCUGCUCAAUCUCAAGACAAAUUUUUCAUGGUCUUCGCUGCGCAAGUUACACUUCUACAUCGGUGGAGAAUUCACACUUGAGGAAGAUCUCUCUCUCUUCCGUCACAUCCUCACGGCAAGCCCUUCGAUCGAAGAACUACAUAUUUCAAUGUAUGACUGUAGGUUACUCACCUGA